UAAUAUAAUGUCUAAGUAGCAGUGACGUUUCAGGAGAAAUCGUAUUACAAUGGCAAACUGGCGGAAGUGAACAUCAGUUUAUGUUUGUGAUUAUAUUCAACCACUCAACGCCACACAUGGCUAUCCCCAGACAAGAUGGUAUACAGGAUAUCAAUGCUGACCUACUUGAUGAUGUUUCGAACCAACCACCACCACUUCCUCCAAGAAAACCAUUGAAAACUCAAGUGAAACUUACUGAAGAACAACAUCGAAAUAGAAAAUCAAAUCCCAGACUGCCAAAAACCGUAAACUUAAUGACCUUUCCAAACGACAAUGAAGACACAAAUAAAUUAGCAGCAAGCUGGGAUGUCUCUACUGAAAAUACAUUCGAUAACAUCAUUCCAGAAUGUACCCUUUUAAACCUAAGUGGCAAUUCUGAAACCAACGAAACACACCACAAGACUUACUGUGGAUUAGAAACAAACAUGUCCGACAGCCUUGACAAGUAUUUUAUUGGCGAUUUGUUCAAGAAAUCUUCUGACUUGGAUUCAGAAACAAGACCCAGACUUUAUACACCUGCUUUUAGUACAUGUAUCAAAGGUAUUGAGGCCGUAAAAUCUGCAAACAGUGUCGAUUUACCAACACUGCCGGGAGAAAAACAAAACAAAAGUGAUGGUUUGGAAGUGGUAGAUUCUAAGAAAUCCAUCACACACCUCACGAAUACACCGUCACAGUCGUCGAAACCUAACAAAAUGAAGUCGGACUCGGCAAGAUUUAAAAGGUCGAGGUUGAUUUUGACAGACUGCUUCGGAGAAAACAGUUUGUAUACAUUAGACCAUAUGAAUCCAAAACUCACAGUAGAAAACGUUCAGGAUAGUGACACUGAAUCUGAAGAAACAGAUGAUAUUUGGGACACGCCGACACCUAGACAACAUUACGUGUAUUUAAAAAAGCUCAGAGAACUGGAACAAGAAGUGAACCAAAUAGAACAGCUUCAGAAAGAUAUAAGUUCAACCGAAACUCUGAAAAUAUCAAACAUACAUCGUCCUAAGUUUUCCUCUCAGCGAUCAUUGAGCGAUAGCGAUAUCUAUAUUUCGUUGGAUUUUGAAGACAACAUGGUAGGUCAAGAUAUCCCUAAAGAAGGGAUUGUAGUCCAAAGUGAUAAUCAUGACAUGAAAAAAACCGCGAGCAUAGACAAUAUCAACAGAUGGACAAAAAAGGUCGGAUCUAGUACAACAAAACAUGAUCCACCUAGUAUGGGAGCAUCAUCAAGCUUUGAAAAUAUCAAAACCAAGCCCACCAAGCUGUGUGGAAGAAUAACUAAACGCGAUAAAGACAAUUCGGAUGGAACAUCUCAAAAACUUUCAAUCAAAGAAGACGCCCGGGCGGAGCUCUCAUGUCCCUGUGAAAGACCGUGUGGACAUGUUGAAAGGUUGGCGACAACACAAGGAGGUUUCAUCUAUGUUUCCUUCAAACAGUGUUCAUGGGUUUCUUUGUACGACAAUAAAUACGAGAGAGUGUACCAGUUUGAUACACCUGGCCGGGUGGAUAGUCUGGCGGUGUCUUCCACCGGAGUCCUCUAUGUCUCUUGUCCUUAUCAGAAGAAGAUUUGCAUGUUGUCAUCAAACCUUCAGUUGACAGUUCUGCACUCUUUCAUCAAAUUGUAUCCACGCGGAGUUGCUGUAUCACCGGACGACGGCACCCUGGUAGUCUGUAUGGCGUCUACGGCUGAGGGGUAUUCUAUGCCAGGUCCUUCAAAGAACAGUUGUCUGAUGCGAUUUCAAGGCGAAAUCCCCAACAAAGCCGGACAAAUUGUGAACAAAAGAAAUCAUUUUGGAUACCCAGUAAAGGUAAUCAUUAACAUGAAUGGAUUUAUAUUAGUGUCAGAUUUCGGUUUGAGAUGUCUGUUUGUUUUGGAUAAAGGGGGAAAUAUGUUGCAGACGUUUCCUUUACUAGGAGGAGUGCCACUGUGGCAUAUACAUGCUCUUACAAGUAACUCCGUUAGCUCGUUCUACGUUGUUCAAGGAGGAGCUGGAACACUGUCAAUCACACGACUAGGAGAAUACCUAGGAACCUUCGAGGAGACAUCGACAUCAACUAAGUAUGAACGUUUAGUAAAACGUACAGUUGAAACGGCUUCAAUGAAUACGGAGGGGCAGAUAGUUCUAGCAUCUGGAAAUGUCAUCACACUCGUUUAGCUCGUAUACUAGUAAUAAGGUGCGAAAAAUGUCAGAUUUCUUUUUACUGGAAAACAGUGACAAAAGUUGUUCGCUCAAUUAGUGUAAAUAUAAGGGCAGAUUUUUGGGCAGAUUAAGCAGCCGCACAUCAUGCUACUAAUCUUUUAUGGUACUGUAUAGGCGACGAACAAUGUUGGAUGCAAGUCUACUAUUAUGUGAUUGUGUUGACAACAUAAAUAGAAUCCUGCUUACAGAUAGAACAUCUUUUGCCAGGUAAAAAACGUAUUAGGGGCAGGUGAGGGACUAAAUAGACAGGCAAAAGUGACGCCCUGUGGUAUAUUCAUAUACUGUGAUGCUUAUUUGGUUUUACGGAAUAGUGUACUCAUACUUGUUUAUUUAUACACUAAUCUAUAAUAUUGUUUAUUUACAUCUCUCCCUUGUUCAGCUUAGUAAACUCUAACUGCGUUUAAUUUUUCGUAAACGCAGAGAAAAAAAGUCUCGGCGGAUUGAUAUUUGUUUCAAAUAUGACGCCGUACACGCUUCAGAGAGAUAACAGUCCAAUGGCACCAUCUAGAUACAGAGAACAUAUUCGGAAUCCAUUAGGUGUAACUAUACAACGAAAUAAUGCUGACAAACUUAUUAUUCCAAGGAUGCACAUUCUCAUAUUUUUUUGGCGGUAACGUCAACAAUGGCGGCUUUGUUCUGAAACAUUCGACAGCGUCACUCCAUGAUCAGUGUAUCACUGCGCGUACAUGACGACCAUUGAAAAUAAACAGAUUAGUUCGAAGAGCUUCUCACAUUGCUUAAUUUAAAAAAAAAAAAACAUGAAAGGAAAAAAAUACUGUUCACUCAUAUAUCGAUGAGGAUUCAUUGGAACUAUAUUGAAUCAUUAACACACUUUCUUAAUGAUUGACCUUCAUUUUGCCGGCGUAUACGGUAGUAUAAACGCAGCUAUUAAUGAACAUAUUCUUUAUUUAGUGCUAACGUGCACCAUAUAAUAUGUCCGUUGCCAACUUCGUUAAUAUUACCGUAUACGCCGUCAAAACGAUGUUCAUUUCUUCAAUGCAUUAAACCAAAUCUUGGUAAGAAAUUGGGUUUAGAAAUUAAAUCAAUGAUACUGUAUAUGAUAUGCAUUUUAUAUAUAUUUCAAACGAACUUUAUCAUGUAGACUUGUUGUAAGAAAAAAGGUUUCAUAUCAUCAACAGUGUUAGAAAUAUGCAUGACGUGGUGGAUAUUUUUGUAUAAUAAAGAUCUAUAGCGAACAUAAUCGUAUAUUUCCAAAAAAGAUGGCGUUCUGGAAACUGAAAAGAAAAUAUCAGAUUACAUAAGUGCUACAUGUAAUGAUAUUACUGGUAAUACUGAGCAAUUAAUUUGGAGUAUUCAAACAUUGAAUCAUGAAGAAGCCGAUAAUUGACAAAAAACAUGUAAGAAAUAUACAUAAAUCGGCAUUAUUAAAGUUGUAACAGUAUGUUUAUUGAAAGAGUGGCAUGUAACUAAUUCAUAUACUCUUGAUCAUAAAACCUACAUCAGUGUAUAUGUGUAUAUGUUACGAAGGAAAAUAAACAA